AUCGCGAAGCUUUUGUGUGUUGGGAAAGCUUUCAGAGUGUCAGACACCAAAGUAUGAGUGAGCAAAGCCAUCGCCAGCCAAUCAAAAGCUGCUGACGGAGAAGCAAAUCCUCUCUUCGGGCGUUUUCUUCUCUGGCCACUGCUUGUUUCUGACGAACGACGCCGCCACCACCAUCAUUGAACUCUGCCUUCUCGCCGGAACUGACAGCUGAUGCUAUGGACUUUGACUUCAGGUCUUUCGGUCUUCAUCCUGCCAAACAUCUCUCUGCUGUUCAAGCUGCUCGCCUUCACUCUGAUAACCUUUCAGUGUUCUAUGAGUCGGAUGGAGAUGAUGAUGCGCGAUCUUAUUUUCCAUGUCCUUUCUGUUAUGUGGAAAUCGAAGUUCCUGUUCUCUGCAGCCAUCUGCAAGAGGAGCAUUGCUUUGACCUAAAUAAUGCCGUUUGCCCUCUCUGUGCUGCAAACUUAGGGAGGGAUGCAAAUGCACAUUUUAUUGUACAACAUUCCAGCUCGGUUAAGCGGAGGCGCAAGCCUGAGAAAUCGAACAGCUUGUCUGGUAAUUCAGCGAUGUUUGGCAAGAAACUGGUGACUAGUGCGAGGGGAAACCGACAUGACCCAACAACUGAUCCUCUUCUGUACCCCUUUGUCUGCAAUAGCUCCAUUCAAAACUCCGACAGUGUUCAUCAAGAUGAACUCUCCAACAAUGUCUCAACCAUUUCUGAGGGAAACAGGGCGGGUGAUGAAAAGGAUCAGCGGGAGAGAAAGCAGAAGGCGGAUUUUGCUCAGCAGUUGAUAACAUCAACCAUCUUCCAAGAGUUAUGGUGGUAGAGUUGCUCACUGCUACAUGAAUCAUAUACAUGUAUAUUGGAAACUGAAGGUUCCUUCUUGAGACAGCCCUUGAUAUUGGUUCAACAGGCACCGUAUUUAAUGGCAGUGCAUGGACUUAGGAUAUCACAGGUGUAUUCAUGAAGCUCCCAGAGAUGGAGGAUCUUUAUCUCUCUGUAGACUGCUAUAAAGAACCAUACCUAUAUAUCAGUAUAUGGAAAGAUGAAAUUGCAUUUUAUUUAGGUAUCUCCUCUGUUAUGCGUC